GUAGUUAAAUAAUAUAUAUAUACUGAACAUCAAGACAGGCCAGUGUUGUUUUGACUGAAUAUGGGGGGACAUCAUCAGCUUCGAAGUAAAGAAGUUAUUGCCGAAGAAGUGUCCGAGAAAUUCCCACACUUCCGUACCUAUGCACAGUGUCAGAACAGAGCUUUUACUCUUGGGUCACUCACAUUUCUGGCAAUGGCCUCUGGCAUUUACAUUGCUCAAGAAUUGAUGAGGUCGAAACUCCCUUUUGGUAGGAAUGGAUUUUUACUGGCUCCUGUCUUUCUCGGAUGUCUGUCAGGUUAUUUCAUAACUCAGCAUAACACCAGACUUUGUCAGCAAAUGUGGGUGUCCCUUGAAGAGAAACAACCUGUAACUACAUCAGAAUCUGAGAAAUUAACCCAGGAUAGUCAUUGAUCCUAUUAUUGAAGACCCAAGUCAUACAAGCGCAUGUUAUGUUUCUGAGUGUUUUUACUAACUGUAUCAGCAACAAUCUGAUUACUAUUAUUGUUAUCGAUAGAAUAAAGUACCAGUCGAGUACUGGGGUUGAUCUAACCAACUGUUCCCCUCCCUCCAAAUUUCUGGCCUUGUACCUGUGUAAGAAAUUAUCCUAAAACAUUUUCUGUUUAAUUAUAUAGUUUCUUUGAUGGGUUCUUGUAAUUCCCCAUAUUCAUUACACUGGCAAACUGGGGUGAAUACUUCAUAAAUACUCAUAAACCACACAUCAUAUGUGAUUGAGCGUAUGUGUGUACAUCUGAGAUUUUCCCUCUUUCAGUCCUAGUUGCAUAUGGGUAGAUUUUAAAUAUUUACAACACAUUGUGUUUGUGUGUGUGUGAGACCUGUAUUGUGAAGAAUCAUUCUAUUUUGUUUUUGUGUGUGAUAGAGGUGGAGGAAUGCUGAAAGUGCAUGUAGAGCACUAAAAGACAUUGCUGAAAGAGGUGCCAAAAAAGCUGAUUAAAUGAAGUAUACAUUGGAUUUGGAAUCAACAUCUUUAACUGACAAUCCGCUUGGCAAUUUCAAUUUUGUAUGAUAAAGCUAAUGAUGCAUUUAUAGAAUUUCAAACCUUGGGUACCCUCAUCGUUAGAUGUAAAUAUGGGGUAAAAUGCAGAAUCUGAAGAAACUGAUGGUGUUGUGCAUCAGCAGACAGGAACCAAUCCAUUGAAGAAGUUGAGUUGCUGUGAAGAAUGAAAUAAUGUGGCACAAUUUCCCUUCUUUUUCUGUGAGAAAGGAUAUAUAGAUAGGCUUUGAUUGUGAGAUUGAGAAAUACACACUCAAAAAAGGCACUAAAUGAUGUCAUUGUCAUGCCAUUUAUUAUGUAAAAACAUACUAAGUAAGAUGCAAACCUAAACCUUUCAUUUUCAUAUCUGAAGGUCAACAGAGAUUAUGGUCAGAGUCGUGGUACACUUGGUCAACAUCACUUUUUGUUACACCUGCAGGAAGAGUUGAAUUGAAUGCAGCACUUCUCACUUAAACAAAAAACAUUAACCUUUUAGCAUUCAGACUGGCCAUAUCUGGUCAAAAUAUUUUACCUGUUUUAUGUUUAAACUGGCCAGAUUUUGUCCCUCAUACCUACCCGACAAUAUCAUUCAAACAACAGUUACCUCAUAAAAAUCCGAAAGCUAUAAGACAAUGUGAAUAAAUAAACAUUACAUUUGACAAUAAUCUGAAUGUUAAAGGGUUAAUGUUGCUAUGCUGCUGCUGCUUAUUUUGUAGGAAAUACUCAUCUGUACCAUUGAGUACAGCAAGCUAUCCUGGCCAUGUCCACAGUGCAACAUCAGUGAUAAGUUAUGAAUCUUCAGCCCUUCAGCUGAAUGACUGAUACUGACUUAGUCAUAUGUCACUCUUGACACAGAUACAGUAGCAAAAAUGUUAAUAUUAUGUCUAUUACAAGAAUUCAUACAGGUGUAACCUAUGUCAUUUAUAAGUUUUCUUGCCCACUUGACAGUUAUCAACAGCAUAACACAUUCUUACAUAUGUCUUCAUAUGUUGUUGACAAUAAACUCUCAGAAAGGUGCACCACAGCAACAACACUCACACUUGUUACUGUAAAUCUGGGGGGGGAAAAAACUGGUCAAAGAGCUGAAAAAUGGAAGAAAUAAUCAUGGUAAAUUUCAUCCAAAGGAUUAAAUAUCAACAUCUGUUCAUUCUAUUAAGCCUUCCAUCAACUUCAGUUGGGAGUCUUGUUGAGUAAAACCAGAGUUUCUUUGUUUUACUUACAAAAUAUGGAGAUGAAUAUUUACAGUGAACAAUAUCAGCCAUUUCAGUUAAUACUCAUGUUGGUAACAAGAAAAAUUUAAAUCACUUGAAAUUAUCUACUAUUUUUUGUAAAUAAAAUUUGAAAAAACAAACGAUUUGAAAACUA